GUGGAACCAUGGUGCAGCGUCUGACUUACCGCCGUAGGUUAUCCUACAACACCGCAUCCAACAAAACCAGGCUGUCACGAACCCCUGGUAACCGCAUUGUGUACCUGUACACCAAGAAGGUGGGCAAGGCCCCUAAGUCAGCGUGUGGCAUCUGCCCAGGGAGACUGCGUGGUAUUCGUGCGGUGAGACCCCAGGUCCUGAUGAGACUCUCAAAGACCAAGAAGCAUGUCAGCAGAGCCUAUGGUGGCUCCAUGUGCGCCAAAUGUGUGCGUGACAGGAUUAAACGUGCUUUCCUCAUUGAGGAGCAGAAGAUUGUUGUCAAGGUUCUGAAGGCACAGGCACAGAGCCAGAAAUCAAAGUAAAUGUAUCUCUUUGUUUUGCUGUAAUAAAGGAUUGGGGGAAAGUAAACUGUC